AUAUAGUAUGUAGUUGUAACAGUUUGUUUGAAAGCUGGUCUUUCGACAAAUUCUUGGACUUGGUUAACGCAUGCUGCGAUUUGGGGUUCAAUAUUUAUGUGGUUCCUUUUUGUGAUUGUAUACAGUCGUUUUUGGCCUGUAUUACCAUUGGCUGUAGUUUUUUGUGGAAUGGAUACUAUGUUAUUCACAACACCUGUAUUUUGGUUCGGAUUAGUACUAAUACCAGUAACUACUCUGCUUAUCGAUGUUAUAUGUAAACUUAUUUAUAAUACUGUUUUCAAAUCAAUUACUGAAGCAGUACGAGAGUCUGAAAUACGUAAAAACGAUCCUAGUCAUGUACUGCAUGAGUCAAGAUCAUCGUAA